AUGCAAGGUUCGGAUUUCGGAAACACUGUUCGGACAUUCAUCAAGCCGAAUGAUUACCUGGAAAAAGGUGCGAUCAAGCAGUACACGGCGAUCCAGCAGUUCACGGCGGUCGAGCAAUUCACUGCGCUGUUUCUGCGCAGCGGCUCACGCUUGGAGCGAUGGGGCGGGGAAGAAGAUUCGGUGGUGGUCGGCGGUCGUGCGGAUCCAGGUAACGAGGGGGACGGCAGCGAUAGGCCGAGGCAGGCACGAGCGGUUGAGUCGAUUUACGCACACCCAGCCACGGGUCCGCCGAAAGGUUCACGCGCGCCGAGGUUCGGACGAAGCAUCGAUCCAUACACUGCUCCCAUUUUGUGCCACGCCCAUCCUGCCCUCCUGCCCGUCCCACCGUUCACCCACCCUACUCGCACAGAGCUCUCAUCGCGGCCUUCUGCGGACGCCAAGCCCUACAAGCCGCCCAUGGACCUCGCCAUGUGGGACUUUGGGCAGUGCUACAGCAAGCGGUGCACGGGGCGCAAGCUGCUGCGCCUGAGGCUCAUUCGUGAGAUGCGCGUGCAGCAGCGCUUUGGGGGCAUCUGCCUCAGGUGGGCAUCUGCCUCAGGUGGGCAUCUGCCUCAGGUGGGGGGAGCAUCUGCCUCAGGUGGGGGGGGCAUCUGCCUCAGGUGGGUGGUGAGAGGUGAAGGCGCAUCUGCCUCAGGUGGGGGGGGCAUCUGCCUCAGGUGGGUGGGGCAUCUGCCCUCAGGAGUUGAGGGGCAAAGCCCCACCCCACCACCUACCCCCUCCUGGGCAGCCCACCCCACCACCUACCCCCUCCUGGGCAGCCCACCCCACCUCAUACCCCCUCCUGGUUACUCAGCUGAUUGGCUCUCCUUCCUCAGGUGUAUGAGACUCACUGCGCUCCCGUUAAUCGAGGCAUAUGCAUCCCUGUUCCGUGCCAUCCACGCGCUCUUUCCUCCUACAUAUCACCAGCCACCACACUCCGUUGCACUUCCUGGCUUGGCUUAUUUCUGCUCUCAUCUUUCUUUGAUUGCACCAAGCUUUUUCUUCUCCCAACUGCGUUCACUCACUUGCUCUCACACCCCUUGCUCUCACACCCCUUGCUCUCACACCCCUUGCUCUCACACCCCUUGCUCUCACACCCCUUGCUCGCUCUCACUCCCCUUGCUCGCUCUCACUCCCCUUGCUCGCUCUCACUCCCCUUGCCCGCUCUCACUCCCCUUGCUCGCUCUCACUCCCCUUGCUCGCUCUCACUCCCCUUGCUCGCUCUCACUCCCCUUGCUCGCUCUCACUCCCCUUGCCCGCUCUCACUCCCCUUGCUCGCUCUCACUCCCCUUGCUCGCUCUCACUCCCCUUGCUCGCUCUCACACUCCACGCCCCACCUGCGCAGUGCCGUGGCUGGUGGCGGCCAAUCCAGUGAACUAUGGCAAGCCCUGCCAGCUGUCAUGCGUUGAGGCCAUGGCUGCUGCGCUCUACAUCUGUGGGGACAAGGAAACUGCUCAGUCGCUUCAAGUGGGGCCACGCCUUCCUCCCCCUCAACAG